AUGCCGUCGAGCUCUUCAGUCCUGUUUCUUUUCGUCAGUUCUGUUCCUUUCAGCUGGUUCAGAUCAUUUCCGUCAGUUCAGUUCAUUUCGGUCAGUUCAGUUCCUUUCGGUCAGUUCAGUUUCUUUCCGUUAGUUCUGUUGCUUUGCGCUAGUUCAGUUCCUUUCGGUCAGUUCAGUUCCUUUCCGCCUGUUCAGUUCAUUUCCGUCAGUUCAGUACCUUUCGGUCAGUUCAGUUCCUUUCCGCCUGUUCAGUUCAUUUCCGUCAGUUCAGUUCCUUUCGGUCAGUUCAGUUCCUUUCCGCCUGUUCAGUUCAUUUCCGUCAGUUCAGUUCCUUUCGGUCAGUUCAGUUUCCUUUCCGCCUGUUCAGUUCAUUUCCGUCAGUUCAGUUCCUUUCGGUCAGUUCAGUUCCUUUCCGCCUGUUCAGUUCAUUUCCGUCAGUUCAGUUCCUUUCGGUCAGUUCAGUUCCUUUCCGCCUGUUCAGUUCAUUUCCGUCAGUUCAGUUCCUUUCGGUCAGUUCAGUUCCUUUCCGCCUGUUCAGUUCAUUUCCGUCAGUUCAGUUCCUUUCGGUCAGUUCAGUUCCUUUCCGCCUGUUCAGUUCAUUUCCGUCAGUUCAGUUCCUUUCGGUCAGUUCAGUUCCUUUCCGCCUGUUCAGUUCAUUUCCGUCAGUUCAGUUCCUUUCGGUCAGUUCAGUUCCUUUCCGCCUGUUCAGUUCAUUUCCGUCAGUUCAGUUCCUUUCGGUCAGUUCAGUUCCUUUCCGCCUGUUCAGUUCAUUUCCGUCAGUUCAGUUCCUUUCGGUCAGUUCAGUUCCUUUCCGCCUGUUCAGUUCAUUUCCGUCAGUUCAGUUCCUUUCGGUCAGUUCAGUUCCUUUCCGCCUGUUCAGUUCAUUUCCGUCAGUUCAGUUCCUUUCGGUCAGUUCAGUUCCUUUCCGCCUGUUCAGUUCAUUUCCGUCAGUUCAGUUCCUUUCGGUCAGUUCAGUUCCUUUCCGCCUGUUCAGUUCAUUUCCGUCAGUUCAGUUCCUUUCGGUCAGUUCAGUUCCUUUCCGCCUGUUCAGUUCAUUUCCGUCAGUUCAGUUCCUUUCGGUCAGUUCAGUUCCUUUCCGCCUGUUCAGUUCAUUUCCGUCAGUUCAGUUCCUUUCGGUCAGUUCCAGUUCCUUUCCGCCUGUUCAGUUCAUUUCCGUCAGUUCAGUUCCUUUUGGUCAGUUCAGUUCCUUUCCGCCUGUUCAGUUCAUUUCCGUCAGUUCAGUUCCUUUCGGUCAGUUCAGUUCCUUUCCGCCUGUUCAGUUCAUUUCCGUCAGUUCAGUUCCUUUCGGUCGUCUCAGUUCCUUUCCGCCUGUUCAGUUCAUUUCCGUCAGUUCAGUUCCUUUCGGUCAGUUCAGUUCCUUUCCGCCUGUUCAGUUCAUUUCCGUCAGUUCAGUUCCUUUCGGUCAGUUCAGUUCCUUUCCGCCUGUUCAGUUCAUUUCCGUCAGUUCAGUUCCUUUCGGUCGUUCAGUUCCUUUCCGCCUGUUCAGUUCAUUUCCGUCAGUUCAGUUCCUUUCGGUCAGUUCAGUUCCUUUUCCGCCUGUUCAGUUCAUUUCCGUCAGUUCAGUUCCUUUCGGUCAGUUCAGUUCCUUUCCGCCUGUUCAGUUCAUUUCCGUCAGUUCAGUUCCUUUCGGUCAGUUCAGUUCCUUUCCGCCUGUUCAGUUCAUUUCCGUCAGUUCAGUUCCUUUUGGUCAGUUCCUUUCCGCCUGUUCAGUUCAUUUCCGUCAGUUCAGUUCCUUUCGGUCAGUUCAGUUCCUUUCCGCCUGUUCAGUUCAUUUCCGUCAGUUCAGUUCCUUUCGGUCAGUUCAGUUUCCUUUCCGCCUGUUCAGUUCAUUUCCGUCAGUUCAGUUCCUUUCGGUCAGUUCAGUUCCUUUCCGCCUGUUCAGUUCAUUUCCGUCAGUUCAGUUCCCUUUUGGUCAGUUCCUUUCCGCCUGUUCAGUUCAUUUCCGUCAGUUCAGUUCCUUUCGGUCAGUUCAGUUCCUUUCCGCCUGUUCAGUUCAUUUCCGUCAGUUCAGUUCCUUUCGGUCAGUUCAGUUCCUUUCCGCCUGUUCAGUUCAUUUCCGUCAGUUCAGUUCCUUUCGGUCAGUUCAGUUCCUUUCCGCCUGUUCAGUUCAUUUCCGUCAGUUCAGUUCCUUUCGGUCAGUUCCUUUCCGCCUGUUCAGUUCAUUUCCGUCAGUUCUCUUUCUUUCUCCUAGUUUAG